AUGGCUUGGGCGCCCGGUGACGGCAGGAGCAGCCCCUGGGAGCCCGCAGCCUUCCCCACGAGCCUGCCUCUGUUCGAUCUGCCCCCUUCCCUUCUGGGCACCUUCUGCUCUAUCCUGGACAGCUGCGACGGAGUACUGGGCUGGCGGGGACUAGCUGAACGAAUUUCCAGUAGUUGGCUAGAAGUUCGACACAUUGAAAAAUACAUGGAGCAGGGUAAAAGUGGAACCAGAGAAUUACUGUGGUCUUGGGCGCAGAAAAACAAGACUAUCGGUGACCUUUUGCAGAUUCUACAGGAAAUGGGCCAUGAGCGAGCGAUUGAUUUAAUUGUGAAUCAUGGAAGGACCAUAAGUGCCUCGACUAAGCAGAGUCAGCAGGCAGUUGGAUUUCCAAAUAUCUCUUCUCAGGUACCAAUUGACCACACUAUUGAUAAAGAAGGAGAGAUGCCUGAAUAUCAGAAAGAAAUAAGGCUGAAACCUUCCUUCAACUUUAAAAACAUCAUAGAAGGAACCAAAAACUUCCAUAAAGACUUACUAGUUGGAGAAGGGGAGUUCUUCAAAGUAUUCAAAGUGGAACUUCAAAAUGGAACAUAUGCUGUUAAGUUAUUUAAACAGGAGACAACUAUGCAGAAUAAGAAAAAUUGGAAGAUGUUUUUCUCAGAACUUGAAGUCUUGAAUUUGGUUCAUCAUCCAAACAUCUUGGAACUGGUUGCAUAUUUUAUGGAGGCUGAAAAGUUCUGCCUUGUUUAUCCAUACAUGAGAAAUGGAUCGCUCUUUGACAGGUUGCAAUGUGUAGAUAAUACUUUUCCACUUUCUUGGCUACUUCGACUCAGUAUAUUGAUAGGAGCAGCCAGAGCCAUUCAAUAUUUGCACCGUGUUGAACCAUGCUCCAUCAUCUGUGGCAACAUAACAAGUUCAAACAUACUUUUGGACAGUCAGUUUCAGCCCAAACUAACAAAUUUGGUCACGGCCCACCUCCGACCUCAUCUGGAAAAACAGAGUUCCACGAUAAAUAUGGAAAGCAGUAGGAAUCAGUACCUGUUGUACAUGCCAGAAGAGUAUAUCAGACAGAGAAGACUAUCCAUUAAAACGGAUGUCUACAGCUUUGGAAUUGUGAUAAUGGAAGUUCUGACGGGUUAUAAAGUGGUUCUAGAAGGUCCAAAAUAUAUUCGACUGAGGGACCUCCUUGUGGAACUGAUGGAGAAGAGAGGUCUUGAGUCAUGUCUCUCCUUAUUAGAUAAAAAAAUAGGUCCAUGUCCUCAGAAUUUCUCCUGGAAAUUAUUUACUUUAGCAAACCAAUGUGCAUCAUCCCGGGCAAAGUUAAGGCCGACGAUGGAUGAAGUCCUGAUUGCUCUUGAAAGUACUUGCCCUAUUUUACAUUUUACAGAAGACCCUCCCAAAUCACUGAAGUCCUUUAGGUCUCCUUCUCCUCUUUUCCUCAAUCACUUACCCAGUGUUCCCAUGGAAAAUGAUGAAAAUCAGGAUUUUUGCUCACCUCCUAAUGAAAACUUGGACAAAGAUGGAUUUGCCCGGAAAACUCCAUUAGAGUGUAGCCAGUCUGAAGUCACCUUUCUGGGCUUGGACAGAAAGGCUCUGGGUAAAGGAAAGACCCCUGUUCCGAAAGUGCCUGUGACUUCCUGGGAAGACAAUUUCUCAUCGAACCAUAUAAAUCCAUCGCAGGACUCAAGCGUUUGUGUUAUGAGUGUAGCCCUUUCCUCAGAGCUUGGGAAUCCUGUUUUGAGCAGACUAGUGGAACCUAGCUCUUCCUCAGGAUCAUAUAGGAAUAAAAAUCAAGAGACGGAAAAGAUGACUUCUGAAAAUAUUUCACAAUCAGAUUUUUAAAACAAGGCAAGUAUUACAGGAUGAUUUCUAUGUAUACCAUUGUUUUGGAAGGAACGAGUGUUGUCAACAGAGGUAAUUAUGGUAAAGAGAAAAGUGGAAUCUGGUGAAUUUAGACUACCUAUACCAAUAAUCUGGAUUUUUCAAGCUACUCUCUCAGUAGGGCUUAUGGAUUUUUUGUUUUGUUGCUUAAACCUCGGUUACAUGGAAAUUGCCUUAACUUCUUUUAUUAGAUAUUAAAUUAGAUUAUAAAAUAUUAGAUAUUUUAUCUGUGUAUUUAAAAUGAACCAGGCUAAAAGAGGAGAUAGAUAUAAUUAGGACUGUAUAAACUCAUUCAGAUUGGGGAACUCUGAAUUAAACAAAGAUCAUA